CAGCAAUAUGUUUUGCAUUCCUUGUAUACCUACUAUGGUGGAUGCAAAAGAUAAUUCAAAUCAGAUGUAUUCUUCCAUUCGAGAUGCUUUGCAACACGUUGCCAGUACAAAUGGAAGUCUGGUCAAACUAGGUUUUGUGGAUACAAAUCAGAAAUAUUCGUCCUCUCUUCGAGAUGAUUUGCAACGCGUAGCCAAUGCAAAGGAAACCCAUGUCAAAUUAGAUUUUGUAGAUGCAAUUAGGAAAGAAUCCUCUCUUCGAGAUUCUUUGCAGCACGUGGUCAAUGCAAAAGAAAACCUGGUUAUAUUGACUUUUGUGGAUAAGGCAUAUUUCAAAAUGUUUUGGAAUAUGAGACUGUCCCUCCAAAAAAUAAACAAACAUUUGACAGAUAUUAUGUUACCUAUAUGCAGAGAUGAGUUCAGUUUUCGGAAAUUGAAAUCUAUGGAUGUUCGAUGCUAUUUUGCUGGGACUAAAUCAAAUAAAACUGGACUGGCGAGAUAUGGUACAAUGCAGUUUAACAAAGAGACGAAUGCAAAGAUACACUGGUUAUUGCAAUGUUUACAACUUGGAUACAAUACAUUGUUGACUGACGGUGAUAUCGUUUACAAAAAGGAUCCAUUACUGCAUUUAAAUUGUAGCGACUGUGACAUUAUCAUACAGGAAAACAUCGCCAAGGGAGAACUUAAUUCUGGCUUCAUGUUCGUAAGAAACAUGAAUGCGUCCAUCCGGGUCUUUAAAAAAGUAGCUAAACUUGCAACAGACGCUAAAUUCUCAACACACGACCAAGUGUAUGUAAAUCGGAUUUUAAGGCCUAUGUUGAAACGAAAAACCAAUCGUGCUCCUAAAAUAAAAGUUUUGGACAGGACAAAAUUCGUCACAGGACAGAACUUUAAAAAGUAUUGGAACCGUCGCUCAGUUGUCAUGAUUCAUAACAACUUUAAAAUUGGACUAGAUCCAAAGAUAGAAAGAUUCAAAAAAUAUGGAAUGUGGUAUGAGUAGAACAACCUUCAGAAUACGUUAGUGCUUACUUUUGAACCACGCUGGUUGAGAGGGGACAUAAUCGAGAAUUCAAAAGAUAAACUGAUCCUCAUGUCAAGUCCUCUAGAUAACUGCAAAAUUAUUUUCCGAUCUGAAAAGUAGUGAGAACUAGUUUGGUGUGAUAAUUAGUAGGGUUAACAAAAAAUUGUUUCAAUUUUAGAAUAUUUCUGGCUUAUGUCAUUUCUUUUCAUAUCUAUUUUCUAAAAAUCCCC